AUGGAUACCAUUGAUAUCUCGAACUUGAAUCGCCAAUUCUUGUUUCGUCAGACUGAUGUCGGUAAACCUAAGGCUGAGGUUGCUGCAGCGUUUGUCGAGAAGCGUGUGAAAGGUGUCAGGAUCACUCCAUUUGUGGGGAAGAUCCAAGACAAAGAUGAGGAAUACUACAUGCAGUUCAAAAUCAUUGUUUGCGGCCUGGACAGCAUUGAAGCUCGUCGGUGGAUCAAUUCUCUGGUUGUGGGGAUGGUUGACCCGGAAAAUCCAGAGAGCUUGAAACCUCUCAUAGACGGUGGCACAGAGGGGUUCAAGGGGCAAGCUAGGGUCAUCCUGCCCACACUAACUUCAUGCAUUGAAUGCCAGCUUGAUAUGCAUGCCCCUCGUGCUGCAGUUCCGUUAUGUACAAUUGCAACUAUCCCUCGACAGCCUCAACACUGCAUCGAAUGGGCCCAUCAAAUUGCGUGGGGUGAGCAAAGGAAAGGUGAAGAAUUUGAUGGUGAUGACUUGGAACACGUAACGUGGAUCUACCAGACUGCUCUCGAGCGAGCAAAACAAUUCUCCAUUCCUGGGGUUACCUUUUCCAUGUCCCAAGGAGUGGUAAAGAGUAUCAUUCCAGCGAUCGCUUCAACAAAUGCGGUCAUUGCAGCGGCCUGCACUUCUGAGGCUCUUAAAAUAGCAACGUCUUGCAACCCCUAUUUGGAAAAUUAUAUGAUGUAUGCUGGAGAGGAAGGGGUUUACACUUACACAUUUGCAGUAGAGCAGAAAGAAGAUUGUCCAGUUUGCGGAAAUCUUGCGAAAACUAUAGAAGUGAACCCGGAAUCGACAUUGGAGCAGUUCAUUGAGUCUCUUGGGGAGAGGGCUGAGGCACAGUUGAAAUCCCCAAGUCUGAGGACAGAACAAACAACGCUGUACCAACGAUUCCCACCCCAGUUAGAGGAACAGACGAGGCACAAUCUACAGAAAAAGUUGAAAGACUUAUUAGAGUCCGGCGAAGAAGUGGCAGUCAGUGAUCCCGCUUUCACGAUUGACUUCCGAUUUAAAUUGGUUUUCCGAUAA